GAAUAAUGUGUAUGAGUGAGAUCAGCUUUCUUACAAACGACUCUCUCAGUGGAAAUAUACCAGAGUCAGUCUUGAAGACAGAAACUGCAGUGUAUGUAUCUUUUGGCCAUGUUCUUAUUCUUGUAACUUCUAUAGAUUUGUGGAUAUAUCAUGUGCAUGUAUCCUCAUCAUGUCCGUAGGCAUGUUAGAAGAUGGUUCUGUUCCGUUCUUCUGUGCAGGGAUUUAUCCUACAGUUUCACAUGGCAAAGUCCUGUACAACCUGUUGGGUUUUUUGGCAAGGGUAGAGAGAGGACUUGGAUGAGAAGGAGAGACACCCGGAGUUCCCUCUUUAAUUGAGUUGAAACUCAAUUUUCUUCCAUUGUUGUUCUGCUAUUUAUAGCAGAAACAAUACAACAUAAAAUAGUGUCUUUCCCACCUAAUAUUUACCUAAUCCUAGAAGAUCUAUCAAACAUUUAAAGCAAGAUUACAUUCAAAAGAUUUGCUGUCAUUUUAUAGCAACCCAUAUGCAGCACUCUUGUCCAUGUUGCUGAUGUUUGCUAUCAAGUUGCAGCCCUCAUUUGCAUUUCCAUCUCAUCUCAUUUGUAUUUCAUUUGUCAUUUGCAUUUGCUGCCACAGUGUUGCAGCUUUGACACCACAACUCCAACAAACCUCCUCGUAGGUGGGAAUUUUUUUUUUUUUUUCUACUUUCUCUUGAAUUAAUUAGGAAUUUGUUGUGUGUUUACCCCUAUUGCAGCAUUGUUGAUGGUAGUUGACUUUUCUUUUUAAGCAGGAAUGCAAAUGUAAAUUUGUAUCAAAGUUCUUCGAAACAAAACCUGGGCGGUCGAGUUUUGGAGCUUUUAUUUUGCUUGUUUGAUGUAGGAAGCUUGCAUAACGCUUAGUUGAUAGCUCCAGAUAAUGCAUUGUGGGGUUACUUGACAUACAAGGCAGAUGUGUACACUUUUGGAAUUAGCAGGAGAACCAAAUGACAUUGGGGCCUGCGAAAAGUAUGCUUGCCUUUUGGAUUGGGCUUGCCAAUUACUAGAAAAUGGAAACCUAUUGGAGCUGGUGGAUGACAAGCUAGGAACAGAAUUUAACAAGGCAGAAGCAGAACGGAUGAUCAGAGUAGCCCUGUUAUGCACAAAUGCUUUGCCUGCGUUAAGACCAAUAAUGUCUGAAACUGUAGGCAUGGUGGAAUGAACAAGCAACAUCCUGAUCCAGACCUGGAUGCGAGUUGUUACAGUAUGAUCUGAGGUUUAAACUGAUAUGAGACCACCAUUUAUCCAUGUCCAGGAGCCAGAGUAUUGGAGGAAGUUCUGCACUGCAGUGUUCAGCGUCCCAACUCCGAAGGGUCCAGGAAUCACAAUCAGUCUUCCUCUGCCUCUGUUUAACAUCCCAUUGUCAUUAGUGACUUGUAACAAAUUAGGUCAAAUGAGGUCUCUUUUAUCACAUUUAUUUUUUGUUUACCCUUCGCAACAUUUGCAUUAGACUACUAUAUUUUACCACUUGUAUUGAAUUCAUUGAGACGAUUUUCUAUCUUAUAGUUUAAAUUAUGUUAAAUUAUAAAAUACAAAUCAUUGA